GAGAGAGAGAGAGAGAGACGAGAAUGUUGUAUUUUAUUUUGGGCGGGUAUUGGAAAAUGAGGAAAUAUUUGGGUUUGUUUUUGGUAUUUGCGCAUUGGGUCUCUGAAACCCACUGCUCUGUGUCUCUGUCUGUGUCCUCUCAGCUUCUUGUUGGCAUCACACUGGUUCCUGGGGCUCAAAGCAAAGGAGCAGUUUGUUUAGAUGGGAGCUUGCCUGCCUAUCACUUACAUAGAGGCUUUGGAUCCGGAUCUGACAAUUGGCUUCUCCAAUUUGAGGGUGGAGGUUGGUGUAAUGAUUUGGAAUCAUGCUUGGAGAGAACAAGAAACCACAGGGGAUCUUCCCGCUUCAUGAAUAGACUCGAAGAAUUUUCAGGCAUUUUAAGCAAUAACGCUUCUCAAAAUCCAGGUCAUUAAUUUUUCAUUUCCCACUACGAAGUUGAUAUUGUUGAACUUGUUCCCACCAUGUUGCAGUAUACCCACGAAGCUUGGUAGCAACAAGUUUAACCUUACGUUCCUUGGUCGUUAAUUUUUCAUUUCCCACUACGAAGUCGAGAUUAUUGAACUUGUUCCCACCAUGUUGCAGCAUACCCACAAAACUUGUAGCAACAAGUUUAACCUUACGUUUCUUUGAAAAUUCACUACAUUCAAAAUAAUUCUCAAUUGCACUUAACCAAUCAAUAAAAGCUUCGAUGUAGAGUUUACCAUGAAAUUUCGAGAAAUCGACUUUAAUACCAAAAUCUUGUGGUCACUCUAUAAGAAGCGAAUCUUAACGGUAAUAUUGAUCAUGCUCGAAAUAAACACCCGGAGUUUGUUGUGGGACUACUGGUGCAAGAUCAAUGUGGCUGCGAGCAUCUUCUUCACGAUGGACAUUGUUCUCCAAUUGUUGUAACCUUUGAUCCGACCGUUGCAUCCCCUGGUUCAUCUCAGGUACUUCAGCUCAAACAUCUAACUUGUCCCUAGGGAUUGUCUAUAGCAAGAGUAGGAUUAGAUUGAUUAGUUGUUGGUGGCAUUGCAAAAACAACUUGAUCUAUGGAUCUUACUUGCUUUGAUACCAAUGCAUCCCCUUGUUCAUCUCACGUACUUCGACUCGAACAUCCUCUAAGGCUUUAGCCAAAUUUUCUAUAGCUUGUCCCCGGCUUAUAGGAGUAGGAUUAGCUUGAUUAGCUUUUGGUGUCAUUGUAAAAAAACCGGAUCUAUAGACCUUACUUGCUCUGAUACCAAUUGAUUAUUCUCUCUAGAUAUAACUUACUUGGAUACCAAACUGAUGCAGGGAGAAAAUAAAAUCAGAAUAAUAACAAUAAAAAAAGAAAACCGGAUCUAUAGAUCUUACUUGCUCUGAUACUAAUUGAUUGCUCUCUCUAGAUCUAACUUACUCAGGUACCAAACUGAUGCAGACAGAAAAUAAAAUCUGAAUAAUAACAAUAAAAAAAAGAAAAGGUCAAGAGAAUUAGCUUGAUUAGCUUUUGGUGGCAUUACAAAAAAACUGGACCUGGAUCUUGCUGAUACCAAGUGAUUGCUUUCUUUAGAUCUAACUUGUUCUAAUACCAAACUGAUGUAGGAAGAAAAUAAAUUCAGAAUAAUAACAAUAAAAAAAGAAAAAAUUGAGAAAAUAUGCUCUCUCUCAAACUCUAUGAGGGAACUAUCUAACUAUCUCAAAAUCAAAUUUUAUUCCAUUCGCAUUCACUCUUAUCUUUACAAUGAGGGGUUUUUCCCCUUUAAAUAUAAUAAAAUAUAUAUAAACAACAACUAAAAAAGAGUUCUCUCUAGAGAGACUUUCUUUCUCCCUAUCUUCUCUCUCUUCAUCCCACUAUUUCCUCUCUACACACGUCAUCCCCCUAUUUUCUCUCUCCUCACGUCUUAAAAGAUUUGGAUUGAUAACUUCCCCCCUUCUAAAAACCACCCUCUAGAAAAUAGCCGUGCUAUCUCUCCCCACAAUUUUAGCUAAUGGAGAAACUCUAAAAAAAAAAGAAAAAAAAAGGCAAAUUGUUGCUCUCCCCACAAUUUUAACUAAUGGAGAAACUCUCUAAAAAAGACAAUCUUUGCCUACAUUGUUAAAAGAUAAACAUUGCGAAUAAAAUCUAUCUAAAUUUUUUUUAUCCUACCAAAGACCAACGAUUUAGUCAACCCUAAGUUUCCCCACAUCUCACCCAAUACAAGAAAAGGCUUAACGCUCUUACC